AUGAUCGUCCAAUGCCACGAAGAGGUGGUUUUGUUUUUGCUUGGUGCCGCGCCUCGAAGCCGUCGGGGGACUUCAGUUUUUAAGCUCGGGUUAUCUAAAACAUCUAACUUAACCCAAGUCCCUCGAUCGAAGGGCCUGUUGUACCAGGCUGGCGCAAGCGCCCCUCGCGAAGCGAGCCUCUUUCAUGAGAGGCUCGCUUCGCGAGUUGCCUCCGGCCCUCUGUCGAGGGGAUUUGUUAAGCUAGCUAAAACAUAUGCAGACAACGUCCCUUCACGAACUCGCCAUUUCCAUGAGGCGCCGAACUAUCUGUCGAAUCAGGCUUGCGCUCAUUUGGCGUGUAAUGAAAUGAACCCAACUAAGGAUACGAUGCGGUUGACAAUGGCAUGCGCGCUCUGCAACACUACUUUAAACAUUCCGACUUUCGAAACCCAUUCAUGGCUUGAUUCUCGAUGGGGCAAACUAUUGGCCCGCACGUUCGUCCUCGAAGGAUGUAAUAAUGAUCAUAGCCUUCCGGCUGGUCCUAUAUGCAAGUCAUCAAUACCCAGUGUCUGCCCAGGCCCGGCCGCCCUUCACCCCCCUAGCCAAAAUAUCUUUACACUGAUCGACAUGAGAACGGCGAAAUUCUCGAAAGCUUCAAGCAAGCCGACUGAAAAACUCGACGAAUGCUUGUAUAACUUUCUUCCUUAG